AUGCCCCGUGUUUGUCGGAAACUUCAAUUGGCACUGAUACUGGUAUCAAUUGGGCAAGUCCUGGGCUUCACUGACUACCUGCUGAAAUCAUGUUCUCAAUCGGGCUUCUGUCAAAGAAACAGGCAUUACGCUUCAGAGAUCGAAAGGGCUCAGGAAAGCCCAUACAGCCUGGACCCUGCUAGCAUUCAAAUUAGUAACUCGAAUCACACUUUCCAGGCCACGAUCCAAAAAAGUAUUCCAGAUCUUCUUAGCUUCAAUGAAACUCUAAUAGUUGAGCUGCCGGUCUUCGUUGAUGUUCUUGAUGGCGGAAAAGUCCGCUUCAGAAUAGACGAAAGGAGAGAAACAAACAAUACUUAUGUUCCUGAAAUCUUAAACCCCAAGCGUUACGACGAAGCAUCCCUCUGGGCCUUCCAGAAGGACGCCAAAACUCAACCUGUUGAAGUGGGCAUCGAGAAAUCUCUCUGGUCCCGGAAGACAUCUGUCACAUUCAUCGCCCCAGAUUCGCAGGUCAAGAUAAGAGUUUUCCUGAAGCAAUUUAGAAUUGAGUUUUACUUCGAAGAAAAUCUGGUUCUGGUGGUGAAUGACAGGCUGCUCCUAAACGUCGAACACUUAAGAACUCCAGAGGAAAACACUUUGCAAAAAUUGCCAGAGGAGCUGACUUUUAACGACUUUGAAGAUGACUUCGAGUACUCUAAAAAAGAUACUCUGCCUUUCGGUCCAGAGUCAGUUGCGCUGGACUUUACAUUUGUUGGAGUUACUGAUGUUUUUGGAAUUCCUGAGCACGCUGACAGCCUAAAGCUCAAAGAUACGCGGGAUGGGGAACCUUAUCGCCUUUUCAAUGCUGACGUCUUCGAGUACAGCUUAGGUGCCAGAACACCCAUGUAUGGUGCUAUCCCUUUUAUGAUUGGAAGUACCCCAGAUUUUUCUGCUGGUAUUUUUUGGGUAAAUGCUGCGGACACCUGGGUAGAUAUUAACUACAGUGAGUCGAGUACCGGUACCCACUGGAUGUCUGAAGCUGGAACCAUAGAUGUAAUCAUCUUUCUCGCAAAAACUCCACAAGAAGUCACGUCUGCAUACACAGAAAUCACAGGGAGGCCGCAAUUGCCUCUUAGCUCGUCCAUUGGCUACCACCAAUGCAGAUGGAACUACAAUGAUGAAAGGGACGUUCUGACUGUUGACUCUCAGAUGGACAAGGCUGGAAUUCCUUACGACUACAUUUGGUUAGAUUUAGAAUACACGGAUGACAAAAAGUUCUUUACUUGGAAGCCUGAUGCUUUCCCCGAUCCAAGGAGGAUGCUCAAAAAGCUUCAUACGCUGGGCAGAAACCUAGUUACUUUGAUUGAUCCUCACUUGAAAGUUGACUACAGUGCAAGUAACACGGUUGAGAAGAGCGGCGCUUCCGUGCGCAAUAGUCUCGGCGCUAGCUACCAUGGGCACUGCUGGCCAGGAGAGUCGAUUUGGAUUGACACAAUUGGCAAAAAUGCUCGUAAAGUCUGGGGCAAGCUCAUGUCAAACUUCUUGCAAGACUAUAACAACUUACACAUAUGGAACGACAUGAAUGAGCCUUCUGUUUUUAGUGGACCGGAAACCACUGCACCAAAAGAUUUGAUACACGAUGGUGGAUUUGAAGAACGCUCAAUCCACAACCUUUACGGGCUAACAGUUCAUGAGGCCACUUACAACGCCAUGAGAGAGAAUUAUGGAGAGAAAAAUAGAAGGCCUUUCAUCCUGUCCAGGUCUUUCUUCGCAGGCUCUCAACGUACAGCCGCCACCUGGACGGGUGACAACGUUGCAAACUGGGAAUACUUGAAGAUUUCGAUCCCAAUGUGCUUAUCAAAUAAUGUUGCUGGAUUUCCUUUCAUUGGCGCCGAUAUUGCAGGAUUUUCUGGAAACCCCACAACUGAACUGCUUGCACGGUGGUAUCAAGCAGGCAUGUGGUACCCUUUCUUUAGAGGCCAUGCCCAUAUUGAUGCUGCUCGCAGAGAACCGUACCUUUUCGAAGAACCACUGAAGUCCAUUGUCAAAGAUGCUAUUCUUUUGAGAUACUCGCUGAUGCCAACCUUCUAUACAGCAUUUUACGAGUCAAGCACAAAGGGUUCUCCUAUAAUGAAUCCUGUUUUUUUUGUCCACCCCGAAUUGCACGAAUGCUACGGAAUAGAUGACCAGUUUUAUAUUGGCAGUAGUGGUCUUCUUGUAAAGCCGGUAACAGAGCAAGGCGCUACUGAAGUUCAAGUUUUUUUCCCAGCGGGGCAGUUUUACGAGUUUGAUAGCCUGAAAGCAUUUUCUGUCCAAGAGCCAUCAUACUUGACAAUAGAUGCGCCCAUUGACAAGCAACCCAUUUCCAUAGAAGGGGGUCACAUUCUUUUCAAGAAAGAGAGAUAUCGGAGAUCGUCGAAAUUGAUGGAGCACGACCCUUACACGUUAGUUAUUGCUCCCGAUGUGAAUGGAAAGGCCGAAGGAACGUUGUAUAUAGAUGAUGGUGAAACGUUCGCUUUCCAGGAUGGCGAAUACAUGAAGGUUGCAGUGAAGCUCGAGAACGACGUACUAGAAUCAACCGUCACUCACAUGCCUACAAAAUUUCCAAAUUUAUCAACUCACGUCGAGAGAAUUAUAGUCGGGGGAGGCCAAUACUCAAGUGGCCCAAAUCGUGUCACAUUGAAGAAGGACAAAACGGAAUGGAUCCUGGAAACAAAGAUUUCAAAGAACGGCCAUCACGCAAUCAUCGAAAACCCACAUCUUGAUCUGUCGAAGCCUUGGUCUCUGGAGGUUCACCGUUAA